UACUUAACAAGGAAGAACCCUAAAGAUAAAAGUGGCCCGCCUUAACAUUACAACAGAGUUCUUCCACAGCGAGGAGAGAGAGAAAAGAGAGGAGCCGCCGCGAGAGAUCGCGCGCGUUUUCGCUGGAAUCCAGGGAAUUUCUGGAUUUCGUCGGAUUUCAGAUUUGCUGCGCGCUGGGAGGUGAUUUUGGUGUGAUUCCCGGUGGUAGGCGGCGCGGGCGCACAGCAGCCGGGCAGCCAGCCACAGGUCGGGAGAAGAGAGGGGUUUUGGAAGCGCUGGAACUGGCUCAUCGCAGGUGGAGAGAGUGGAGGCCCUGAUUUCGUGGAAGAAUCUCGAGAUCUCUGGUCUUCUUAGAGAUUUGGUUCUUCGUAGAAAAUGGUUGCGGCGGUGGCUACUGGAAGGGGCUGGCCGUAUUUCGAUCCCGAGUAUGAGACGCUGGCCGCCAGGAUCAAUCCUCCAAGAGUUGUGAUCGAUAACAAGGUUUCGGAGCACGCCACCAUCAUCAAGCUUGAUAGCUCAAACCGGCAUGGGAUUCUUCUCGAUGUCGUCCAGGUCCUCACAGAUCUCGACCUGUCGAUACUCAAGGCCUUCAUCUCCUCCGAUGGUGGAUGGUUUAUGGACGUCUUCCAUGUCACAGAUCGUGAUGGGAACAAGCUCUCCGACGAGAAGGUCAUCGCCCACAUCGAGCAUGUAUGUAGAACUCUUCCUUCUCCCACAUCAAUCUUCUUUGCCUCGCUAACAACGCUUGUAACUUUCCCAUUCCAGGCUCUUGGCGAGAAAGGCGUAUGCCAAGCGUAUAGAACUUGCUCUGGAGCUCGAACAAUUGGAGUCCAGUCGCUGGCUGAGCACACGGCCAUCGAGCUAACCGGCAACGACCGCCCGGGUCUGCUUUCCGAGAUCUCGGCCGUCCUCGCCAGCCUUGGCUGCAACGUUGUGGCCGCGGAGGUGUGGACUCACAACACAAGAGUGGCGUGCAUGGUUUAUGUGACCGACCACGAAGGCCAUGGAGGUCCAGUGAAAGAUCCCACCAAGCUCUGCCAUAUCAAACAGAUGCUCGGGCAGGUGAUGAAGGGCGAUUCGCUCGACGGCAAGACUGCCAGGACGGACUUUGCCAUGGGACUUACUCACACGGAGAGGAGGCUCCAUCAGAUGAUGUCCGCGGACAAGGAGGAGGAGAUGGAGGUAGCAGAAGAGGAGGCCGCGUUGAGCCCGGCCCCGACUUCCAUCUCGGACUCGGUCGACUACAAGGGGAGGCCGACCGUAACAGUCAAGAAUUGCGUGGAGAAAGGCUACUCGGUUGUCACGGUGCAGUGCGCGGACCGUCCCAAACUGUUGUUCGAUACCGUGUGUACGCUCACCGACAUGGAGUAUGUGGUUUUCCACGCCACCAUCGACUCAGAGGGCCCGAAUGCGUUCCAGGAGUAUUACAUUCGGCAUCUUGACGGAUACACGCUCAAUACCGAAACUGAACGACAAAGAGUCGUUCGCUGUCUGGAGGCUGCUAUUCUACGUAGAGCUUCACAGGGCGUGAGGCUGGAGCUGUCCACACAGGACAGGAUCGGUUUGCUGUCGGACGUAACCCGGAUCUUCCGAGAAAACGGCCUGUCCGUGGCGAGGGCCGAGGUGACGACCCGAGACGACAUGGCCGUGAAUGUGUUCUACGUCACGGACGCCAACGGCGGGAGCGUGGACAUGAGAGUGGUGGAGGCGAUCCGGGAGGAGGUCGGGCUGGCCAUCCUUAAGGUGACGCAGGAGAGAUUCCCCCCGAAGAUGCUCCAUUCAUCCCCGACCGAAUCGGCCGACAAGUCGGCUGCUCGCUUCUCGCUCGGGAGCUUCUUCCGCUCACACUCGGAGAGACUUCUCUACACGCUGGGCCUGCUCAAGUCCUACACCUGAGGGGCGCUGUGUAUAUAUUAUUCCCCCGCCAACUCGUCGACGACUUCCAUCGCCUGGGCUUCCGGAAGAAGGAACAAACAAACUUUCGAAGAUCUGCGAAGAAUUCCCGCUAGCUGCUGCUGCUGCUGCUGCUACCACCAGCCAAAAUUUUCCUCCCUGAGCUUCUUCUCGUCUCUCCUCUGCUGAGAGAGUUCUUCCUUUUCUCUUAUGUACAUACGUCGGGUACAGGCUGGUGCCUGCGCUUUGAUUCCUGUACAUAGCUUCAAACGAGCGCUUGAAAGAUAGAGAGAAAGAAAGAAGAAAAAGCAAAGCCUCAAUCAAACAAGCCUCGAACGGCUUACCACCUUU